GGCGCGCGCGGGCCGCACCGGAAGUGGCGGCGGGCCCGUGCGGAUGGCGGCGGCGGCGGCGAUGGCUGCUGCGAGCUGCGGAGGGGCUGGGGCGGCCCGCUCCCUCUCCCGCUUCCGAGGUUGCCUGGCGGGCGCGCUGCUCGGGGACUGCGUGGGCGCCAUCUACGAGGCGCAGGACACCGUCAGCCUGACGUCAGUGCUGCGUCACGUCCAGAACCUGGAGCCCGACCCGGGCUCGGCGGGCAGCGCGCGGACAGAAGCGUUGUACUACACAGAUGACACCGCCAUGUCCAGGGCCCUCGUGCAGUCGCUGCUGUCCAAGGAGGCUUUCGACGAGGUGGACAUGGCCCACAGAUUUGCUCAGGAGUACAGAAAAGACCCUGACCGGGGUUACGGAGCUGGAGUCGUCACCGUCUUCAAGAAGCUCCUGAGCCCCAAGUGCCGUGACGUCUAUGAGCCUGCUCGGGCCCAGUUCAGCGGGAAGGGCUCCUAUGGCAACGGGGGCGCCAUGCGGGUGGCCGGCAUCUCCCUGGCCUAUAGCAGCGUCCAGGAUGUGCAGAAGUUCGCCCGGCUCUCGGCCCAGCUGACACACGCCUCCUCCCUGGGCUACAACGGUGCCAUCCUGCAGGCCCUGGCGGUGCAUCUGGCUUUGCAGGGGGAGUCGUCCAGUGAGCACUUUCUCAAGCAACUCCUGGGCCACAUGGAAGAGCUGGAGAGUGAUGCCCAGUCCGUCUCGGAUGCCAGGGAGUUGGGCAUGGAGGAGCAUCCGUACUCCAGCCGACUGAAGAAGAUUGGAGAGCUUCUAGAGCAGGACGUGGUGACCAGAGAGGAGGUGGUGUCUGAGCUGGGGAACGGCAUUGCCGCCUUUGAAUCUGUGCCCACCGCCAUCUACUGCUUCCUGCGCUGCAUGGAGCCCGACCCCGAGAUCCCCUCUACCUUCAAUAGCCUCCAAAGGACUCUCAUCUAUUCCAUCUCACUGGGUGGGGACACAGACACCAUUGCCACCAUGGCUGGGGCCAUUGCUGGCGCCUACUAUGGGAUGGAACAGGUGACAGAAAGCUGGCAGCAGAGCUGUGAGGGCUAUGAGGAGACCGACAUCCUGGCCCGGAGCCUGCACCGGGUCUUCCAGAAGAGUCUGUGAGGGCCCCGCCAUGUCCAGUGGGACCAGAGACAGUUCAGGCUGGAAACCCUGUGCCUCUAUGGGCUCUGCCCCCUGCCUCGGUCUUCCUGCAGCCUGGGCACAGGCACUGCUGGGGCCGGAGUCACGGGGGAGGUCACUGGAAUGGAGUGAGGGACUGGGGCCUCCCCGUGCUGGGUUUCUGGCUUGCUGCAGAGCCUUGGGCUCCCCUGGCUCCUCAGACACGAGGAAGCAAGGCAGGUUUAUUGGCGGGUACGCGUGGCAUUUUCCUUAUCUAGGACGUGGGAUAUGGGGAGGAAAUGGUCUGCAGUAGCAUCCGUUCUCCUCGUUGGGAUUUAGUCAAUUUGCCAGAAAACCUGUCUUUGACUGGGCAGGACUGAGAGCAGCAGGUUUCCAUGGAUCCAGGAGAUGCCGUUGAAUCUAGCUGAUCUCCAUACACACCUGGCCCUGGGCUGUCUCAGGCUUGUUAACAGCUUCCCACGGAAGCCACAGAGCAAUAAACAGUUUUUGGUAAAUCCCA